UCGCUGAAGCCACCCACCUGUUCUGUGGGAUAUUCUAGUUGCUUGUGGCUGAGGAUUCAGUCCUUCACCUCUGACUUCAGAGGAGUGUCAGUCUUUCUCUGCUUUAUUUGAGUAUACUACCACAAGGAGAUCCUUAUGGGACAGGCAGAAAUCAAGACCAGAGGCACAGGCAACGUGUGUGCUGUAACUAAAAUGAUGGCAUGCUGCCUCCUUUGGGGGGAUUCUGAAGGUUUCUCAAAGAUGCAACACAGUGGCUGAGUGGACUGGACUUCACUGGUGGGAGUCAUUUUGCAGGAGAAGUGGAAUAACUGUGGUUCUUUUCUCUACUGGCUGGGACGUGCUGUGCAUUGUCAGGAUUAAGCCGACACUCAAGACUGGGAUGGGCCUUGGGGACAAACACUCCCUGAUUUCUUCUGACUUUGGAAUUUGUCUAUAGCCAAUCAAAUAAGUCACGCAUCAGAUUUUGGUUUUUCGCUGCCUGAGAAAGGUUAUGCUAUUUUUGAAUAGUUUUUUAUUUUAUUAAUAAUUUUCAUUUUCUUUGACUCAUUUUUCUACUGCUUGUGGGAAAAAAAAAAGAGUCCUGCUGAUGUUGAUUUAAAUAAUGUCGAAACCAAUGGGACUCCUAUGGCUGCCUUUGAUCUUCACUCCAGUGUGUGUCAUGCUGAAUUCCAACUUCCUCCUAUGGAUAACUGCACUGGCUAUAAGAUUUACUCUUAUUGAUGGCCAAGCACAAUACCCAGUGGUUACCACAAAUUACGGCAAAAUACGUGGUUUAAGAACACCUUUGCCCAAUGAAAUCCUUGGUCCAGUGGAACAGUAUCUGGGUGUUCCUUAUGCCUCUCCUCCAACUGGGGAAAGGCGAUUUCAGCCCCCGGAGCCACCAUCAUCUUGGACAGGUGUCCGUAAUGCCACACAAUUUGCUGCUGUCUGCCCACAGUACCUGGAUGAGAGGUCAUUGCUCAACGACAUGCUGCCAGUCUGGUUUACAGCCAAUCUGGAUACUGUGGUGACAUAUGUUCAAGAUCAAAAUGAAGACUGCCUGUACUUGAAUAUCUAUGUGCCCACAGAAGAUGACAUUCAUGAUCAGAACAGCAAGAAACCAGUUAUGGUCUACAUCCAUGGAGGAUCUUACAUGGAGGGUACUGGCAAUAUGAUUGAUGGAAGCAUUCUUGCAAGUUAUGGAAAUGUCAUUGUUGUCACCCUCAAUUACAGGCUGGGGGUUUUAGGUAAGUGACUCUUUUCUUCAUCACAAGACUUAUAUUGAAAGAUUUAGAAGGUAUGUUUAUUAAAUGGCAGUUUGAUAUAAAUAUGUAAUUGCUAAUUAAAUCUAUAGAUAAAUCAUAUAUGCUUGAACUUUAAAACAGAACUGAAGGUGCUUAGUUUUACUGUAUUACAUUCAUAUUGAAUACUAUUUAAUGUUUUCUGGAAACUAGACUGAGU